AUGAUAAAAACUUUGGCUCUGGCGGGUAGAGAUAGAGACCAGAACCAUACAAGGACCAGAACUAUACACCAAGGACAGAACUAUACACCAGGACCAGAACCAUGCAAGGACCAAGACCAUACACCAAGCCAGAACUAUACCAAGGACCAGAACUAUACACCAGGACAGAACUAUACAGGACCAGAACCAUACACCAAGGACCAGAACCAUACAAAACCCACAGGACCAGAACUAUACACCAGGACCAGAACUAUACCAGGACCAGAACUAUACACAGGACCAGAACUAUACAGGACCAGAACUACACAGGACAGAACCAUACACCCAAGGACCAGAACCAUGCACAAGGACCAGGGCACACACAAGGACCAGAACACACAAGGACCAGAACCAUACACCAAGGACCAGAACCUACACCAGGACCAGAACUAUACACCAGGACCAGAACUACACCAAGGACCAGAACUAUACACCCAAGGACCAGAACCAUACACAGGACCAGAACCAUACCAAGGACCAGAACCAUACAAGGACAGAACUAUACACCAAGGACCAGAACUAGCACAGGACCGAACUACACACCAGGACAGAACUAUACACCAGGACCAGAACCAUGACCAGAACCUACACCAAGGACCAGAACCACACAAGGACCGAACCAUACACAAGGACCAGAACCAUACACCAGGACCAGACUAUACACAGGACCAGAACCAUACAGGACCAGAACCAUACACAAGGACCAGACAACACCAAGGACCAGAACCAUACCCAAGGACCAGAACUAUACACAGGACCAGAACCAUACAAGGACCAGAACUAUACACAGGACCAGAACUAUACCAGGACAGAACCAUACCAGGACCAGAACUAUACAGGACAGAACCAUACAGGACCAGAACCAUACACAGGACAGAACAUACACAAGGACAGAACCAUACACAGGACCAGAACACCACACCAAGGACCAGAACCAUACACAAGGACCAGAACCAUACACAGGACCAGAACCACUACAAGGACCAGAACCAUACACAGGACCAGAACUAUACACAGGACCAGAACUACCCAGGACCAGAACUAUACACCAAGGACAGAACUAUACACCAGGGACCAGAACCAAGGACACAAGGACCAGAACGUGUGUAC